AUGGAUUCCCAAAAAACCCGGGAUAAUUAUACUUGUGAGUUUUUAAAGAUAAUUUCUAACAAAAAUGUUGAAAAUUGUUCCCAGUUACUACAACUGGGUCGUGCGAAUUUGAAAAUAUUCAACAACUAUUCAAUGAAUAUAACUCUAAAAAAAGGAGAAUUCAUCAAUAUCUGUCCAAAAAUCAAAAUUUCGGAAAACGAUGAGCAAUUGAAUUUUCGACUCAGUUAUUUUCUUUCGUUUGAAAAUUGGAAAUUUCCGAAAAAGGAAACACUUGCUAGCAGUUGGGGAAAAAUUCUUUUAAAAUCUGGACGCAGGAUUACUGGACAAUCGAUGAAUAUUUAUGAAUUAUUUGAUCCUGACAAUGGAUGGAUUAAUUCUGAAAAUUCGUUGAAAAUUUCAUAUGGUAUUCAAAUCGAUGCAAUUCAGAAGAAUAGAAUUUGGAGAUUCAACUUUUCGGAUUCCCAUUUUAAAGGACAGGAAAAGAAACAUGGGAUUCGAUUUGAGUAUGAAGAGGAUUUCAUAAUUGCCGAGGAAGAGAUUCUCAAACUUCAUUCCAAAAUUUUCUCCGACGGAAACUCUGGAUUUUUGGGAGAAUUCAAAGAUUUCAAACUUCUAAAAGAGUGUAUGCAAUGUGCACAUGGAGUUCGAAUUGACGAUUCCAAAAUUCCAGAAAUCCUUCAAUUCGCUCAUAACUUGAAAUUAUUUAAUGUCAUUCGUUAUUGUGAACCAAAACUAAUUGAAAAAUUGCCGCGUGGCAAACAAUUUCCAAUUGAAAUGGUUUUAAAAUAUCGACUGAGACACUAUUUGGGAUAUUUACUAGAAAAAGAAAAAACGAAAAAAGAAAUUUGGGAAUUUUUGAAAAAAAUGAAUUUGGAUGAAUUGGAUGGAGAGACGAUGAAGUAUUUUGUGGCGAAAUAUUUGUAUGAACUCUUUUGA